AUGAGUGGGGGAGGGGUGAACGUGGAGGAGAACUUGAACCGGUUGGACGAACUUCACAUAGCGGCACAUUUAUUCCAUAAGCCCACACGUGUUCUUACUCCUCAUGGCACGCUGGUUGAUGUUUUCAUGUUAGAGGCUGAGGAUCCAACCAUGGAAAUUAGGCGGGAGAGGCUUGAGCCUUAUCUGAGACGCACCGGAUUUUAUCAUGCCUCGCUGAUCAAGCGCUUCGAGUACGACAAUCCACUUAUUAGUGCCUUUGUCGAACGAUGGCGACCAGAGACUCAUACUUUUCAUCUCCCUUGGGGUGAGUGUACCAUAACCCUGGAAGAUGUAGCCAUGCAGUUAGGUCUACCUGUUGAUGGUCAGCCUGUUAGCGGUACGUUAAGGUCAUGGAGUAAGUUUCACCAAAGAGAUAUUUGGGAAUGGUGUCAUGAACUUCUAGGUGAGGUUCCCGCCGGCCACGUAGGGACAACGAAGUACAACAUCAAGUUGAAGUGGCUCAGAACUCGUCUUCAACAGAUGCCGCUUGACUUAGAUGAUAAUGGCCUCAUGCAGUAUGCACGAUAUUACAUACUUUACCUGUUGGGAGGCGUGCUUCUUCCAGACAAGGCCAACAACAUAGUCCAUGUUCGAUAUCUGCCUUUAUUGGCUGAGUAUGAUGCCAUAGGUACCUACAGUUGGGGUAGUGCCGUCCUCUGUUGGUUAUAUCGUGCUAUGUGCCUAGCAACAGAUUACAGUGUUGAGGGUAUGGCCGGGUGUCACACGUUGCUCAUGUUGUGGAUAUACUACAGAUUACCGUUCUGGGCCCCGAAUGUCACCAUAGAUCCUUGCGAUUGCCUUUUGCUUCGCGUGCCAAACCUUCUUGUAUGACACCUUGUAACCGUACGCUGACUCUACCGAUCCUUGCAAUACCUUUACACAUAUUGUCGCAUCAGCAUGCACCAUGGGGAAUAUGUGCUGACAGAUGACAUUGCUAUCCAGUUGAGCGUGGUCUUGAGACAUUGAACUUGCCAAGCAACUGUGAGACCCUUCGUACUUUCGGAUUUCCCAAAAUCUAGAGGACCUUGUCUUCGCAACCCGUACCAUCCAGCGACAUUGAUCCCC